AUGAAUGUGAUAUGUUUGGAUAGAAUCAGCCCCAAAGGUGCAGGGGAAAAGCUGCAAAUCUCGAUAGUUUGUCCCCGCCCAACCACACCAGUUACUUCUGGCCGGACGACUUACCAGCGAAUUAACCAGGAAUUGGUCAACAAUGCAUUGCGUCACGCUAAGGCAAAUACGAUCACUGUUGAAGUUUAUGGCAAGGCUGACCUGCAAUUAGCCGUUAAAGAUGACGGCAAAGGAUUCGACCUUGAAGCCGUAAAUGAUAAAAACUCUGGCAUGGGUUUAAAAAACAUCGUCAAAAGAGCAGAACUCGUAGGGUUCAUGAUCAACAUAACAAGUGUCGCUGGUGGAGGAACCAAAAUAAACGUUAUUGAUUGA